ACAACGCCCCCAUUCCCGCCCUCGGCCGCCUCCUCCUUUCCCUUCGGUCCUCUCCAGUUACUGAAGUUCGGAUUUUUCCUAGAGAGCUAGAGGAAAGUCAGGCACCAAGAGAAAAAUUACAUUAUCCGUGUUCUGGUAGGACACGAGAGAGGAAAUCACACAUUGUAACCGAUUCUCUAGGGCGAGAGAACAGUUGACACCCUGAAAACUUCAGGCCGUCUGAGGCACCAGUGAUUUGCCUAUAAGGAAACUGGGGAUUCAGAAAGUUGGCAGCUGACAUCGAUAUGGCAAACCUGCUGAAAACAGUGGUGACUGGCUGUUCCUGUCCUUUACUUAGCAAUUUGGGGUCCCGUAAGGUUCUGCCUGGGAAGAAGGAUUUUUUACGAACAUUUCAUACUCAUCAGGCACUGUGGUGUAAAGCCCCUGCAAAACCAGGAAUUCCAUAUAAGCAGCUGACUGUUGGCGUCCCCAAGGAGAUUUUCCAAAAUGAGAAGCGAGUGGCAUUAUCUCCUGCUGGUGUUCAGGCUUUGGUCAAGCAGGGUUUUAAUGUUAUUGUAGAAUCAGGUGCAGGUGAAGCUUCGAAGUUCUCAGAUGAUCACUACAGAGCAGCAGGUGCUCAAAUACAAGGGACAAAGGAAGUGCUGGCUUCUGAUUUGGUGGUCAAAGUGCGAGCUCCCAUGGUUAAUCCAUCAGGUGUUCAUGAAGCUGACCUUUUAAAGACAUCAGGAACAUUGAUAAGUUUUAUUUACCCAGCUCAAAAUCCUGACUUGCUAAAUAAACUUUCCAAAAGAAAAACUACAGUUCUGGCAAUGGACCAGGUCCCAAGAGUUACCAUUGCUCAGGGAUAUGAUGCGCUAAGCUCCAUGGCCAACAUUGCUGGUUAUAAGGCUGUUGUCCUAGCAGCAAAUCACUUUGGACGAUUUUUUACUGGUCAGAUUACAGCUGCUGGGAAAGUUCCUCCAGCUAAGAUUCUGAUAAUUGGUGGUGGUGUUGCUGGGCUUGCUUCUGCAGGUGCAGCAAAGUCCAUGGGUGCAAUUGUUCGAGGAUUUGAUACAAGAGCUGCAGCUUUGGAACAGUUCAAGUCUCUUGGUGCUGAGCCCUUGGAGGUGGACUUGAAGGAAUCUGGUGAGGGACAAGGAGGGUAUGCAAAAGAGAUGUCCAAAGAGUUCAUUGAAGCCGAAAUGAAGCUCUUUGCCCAACAAUGCAAGGAAGUAGACAUCCUCAUCAGCACAGCACUUAUUCCAGGUAAGAAAGCUCCUGUUUUAUUUAACAAAGAAAUGAUCGAAUCAAUGAAGGAGGGUUCAGUUGUUGUGGAUUUAGCUGCUGAGGCUGGAGGCAACUUUGAAACCACUAAGCCAGGAGAACUUUAUAUUCAUAAGGGAGUUACUCAUAUAGGCUACACAGAUCUUCCCAGCCGAAUGGCUACUCAGGCUAGCACGCUGUAUUCUAACAACAUCACCAAACUUCUGAAGGCCAUCAGCCCCGACAAGGAUAAUUUUUAUUUUGAAGUGAAAGAUGACUUUGAUUUUGGUACAAUGAGUCAUGUCAUUAGAGGAACUGUAGUGAUGAAGGAUGGUGAAGUAAUUUUCCCAGCUCCCACACCGAAAAAUAUUCCUCAAGAUGCCCCAGUGAAACAGAAGACAGUGGCUGAGCUGGAAGCUGAAAAAGCAGCUACUGUUACACCAUUUAGGAAGACAAUGACAACAGCAUCUGCAUAUACAGCAGGCCUCACUGGGAUACUGGGUUUGGGCGUUGUGGCUCCCAAUCUAGCCUUUUCUCAGAUGGUGACCACUUUUGGCUUGGCUGGCAUUGUGGGGUACCACACUGUCUGGGGAGUGACCCCCGCUCUCCACUCACCACUGAUGUCUGUGACAAAUGCAAUCUCAGGUUUGACCGCAGUUGGUGGGCUGGCACUUAUGGGAGGUCAUUUGUAUCCUUCCACAACCUCUCAGGGUCUUGCUGCUCUUGCUACAUUCAUAUCCUCAGUCAACAUUGCAGGUGGCUUUCUGGUGACUCAGAGAAUGCUGGACAUGUUCAAGCGUCCCACAGAUCCCCCAGAAUACAAUUACCUGUAUCUGCUUCCUGCUGGUACUUUUGUUGGUGGAUAUUUAGCUGCCCUUUACAGUGGUUAUAACAUUGAACAGAUCAUGUAUCUAGGCUCAGGCUUAUGCUGUGUUGGUGCCCUAGCUGGCCUUUCUACCCAGGGAACAGCUCGUCUUGGCAAUGCAUUGGGCAUGAUUGGGGUUGCUGGAGGCUUGGCAGCCACACUUGGAGGCCUAAAACCAUGCCCAGAAUUGUUAGCUCAGAUGUCUGGAGCAAUGGCUAUGGGCGGCACCAUUGGCUUGACAAUUGCUAAACGCAUCCAGAUAUCUGAUUUACCUCAGUUAGUUGCUGCUUUCCAUAGUUUGGUGGGUUUGGCAGCUGUACUGACUUGCAUAGCUGAGUACAUCAUAGAAUAUCCACAUUUUGCUAUGGAUGCAACUGCAAAUCUCACCAAGAUUGUGGCUUACCUUGGCACUUACAUUGGUGGUGUCACUUUUAGUGGGUCUCUUGUUGCCUAUGGAAAAUUACAAGGUAUCUUGAAUUCUGCCCCUCUCCUGCUACCUGGAAGACAUGCACUCAAUGCAGGCUUGUUGGCUGCUAGUGUGGGUGGAAUUAUCCCAUUCAUGGUUGACCCCAGUUUUACUACUGGCAUCACUUGUCUGGGCUCCGUGUCAGCCCUCUCUGCUGUCAUGGGUGUGACUUUGACGGCUGCCAUUGGGGGUGCUGACAUGCCCGUGGUCAUCACUGUGCUGAACAGCUACUCAGGCUGGGCCCUGUGUGCAGAGGGCUUCCUGCUCAACAACAACCUGCUGACCAUUGUGGGCGCUCUGAUUGGCUCCUCUGGUGCUAUCCUGUCAUACAUCAUGUGUGUGGCAAUGAAUCGCUCCCUGGCUAAUGUGAUUCUUGGAGGCUAUGGUACCACUUCAACAGCUGGUGGAAAACCCAUGGAAAUUUCUGGCACACAUACAGAAAUCAACCUUGACAAUGCGACUGACAUGAUUCGAGAAGCUAAUAGCAUUAUUAUUACUCCAGGCUAUGGUCUCUGUGCAGCUAAAGCUCAGUACCCUAUUGCUGAUUUGGUAAAAAUGCUCACUGAACAAGGCAAAAAAGUCAGGUUUGGAGUUCACCCAGUUGCAGGCCGAAUGCCUGGUCAACUUAAUGUGCUGCUGGCUGAGGCUGGGGUGCCAUAUGACAUUGUGUUGGAAAUGGAUGAAAUCAACCAUGAUUUUCCAGACACUGAUUUGGUUCUUGUAAUUGGAGCUAAUGACACUGUUAACUCAGCAGCUCAAGAAGAUCCCAACUCUAUUAUUGCAGGCAUGCCAGUCCUUGAGGUCUGGAAAUCAAAGCAGGUCAUUGUCAUGAAGAGGUCUUUGGGUGUUGGCUAUGCCGCAGUAGAUAAUCCAAUCUUCUACAAACCAAACACAGCCAUGCUUCUGGGUGAUGCCAAGAAGACAUGUGAUGCACUGCAGGCAAAAGUUAGAGAAUCGUAUCAGAAAUAAAUAGUACAGAUCACACUGGCGUCCGGGAAAGCCACCUCUUCAGUUGUAGGAACAAAGUAUCAGUGUACGUGGCUGAUACACCUCUGUAGAAAACCUCUUGGAAGAAGACUGAAGAAAGCCAAACCGAUGGAGGGCAAAAUCUCAUGAGCAGUGAUCCCUGGAUUUAAAAAAAAGAUUUAAAAUUCUAAAUGUUUCUCUGUGUAUAUAUUUUUUAAUCUAUGAA